UUGAUUAUCCAUACCACUAAUUGUCGUCUCGUCUCCAAACCUACUUCAUCACACAGUCACAAUCACUCCACCUUCCACCUCAGAAGGACAAAGAAAGUACCAAUUUUUUAUUCCUUCUCUCAUUUCCCUUUUCCAUGGCAUUCUACCUUUUUUCUCUCAAGAUAUCUCCUUUUGGCCUUUUCACGAUUCUCUUCUCAUCCCUUCCAUUGGAGGCUCGAUCACAUCACACACCUAUAUAUGCACACAAUCAAAACCAAAUCCUUAACAAAGCGCUCUCCUCUCUCAAUUCUCCAUCUCCUUUUCCAGUAGCCCAUACCUUCUUCCCCCUUUGCCCAUAAUCACUCCUCUCCCCUGCCUCUUGCUCUUUUGUCACUUUCCCCUUCAAUUUCACUACUCGCUCUCCCUUUAUAUCGCUGCCCUAUCCUAACAUUCAAAGGCAAGGCAGGUGGGAAGAGAUUCGAGAAAAUGAAGAUCCGGUGCGAUGUCUGCGACAAGGCCGAAGCCAGCGUCUUCUGCAGCGCCGACGAGGCCGCCCUCUGCUCCACCUGCGACCGCCGAGUCCACCACGCCAACAAGCUCGCCGGCAAGCACCUCCGCUUCUCCCUCCACCACCCCAACUCCUCCAAGGACUCCCCUCUCUGCGACAUCUGCCAGGAGAGGAGGGCGUUUCUGUUCUGCCGGGAAGACAGGGCGAUUCUGUGCCGGGAGUGCGACAUCCCAAUCCACACCGCCAACGAGCUGACCUGCAAUCACAACCGCUUUCUCUUGACCGGCGUCAAGCUCUCCACCUUUUCAGCUCGGUACGACCCCACCACCGCGACCACGACGGCGGCCAGCUGUAGUGCGAAAAGGGGCCGGUCCCAGCAGAAGCAGCCGCCGCCAGCGCCAGCUGUACCGCGUUAUAGUGAUAAUUGUUAUGGCGACAAAUUGGACCGGGAGAGAAGUUCUCCGGCGUCGUAUAGCACAGUGGAUGAGAGCAGCGGCGCCCACAUGAUGAGCUGUAGCGGCGACACUGCGACGGCCGGGUCGGCCACCACUACUAGCAGUAGCAUCUCGGACUACUUGGAAAAUCUACCGGGUUGGCAGGUCGACGACUUUCUUGACCAGGCCGGUUUUCCCGUCUGGAAGACGCCGUAUAUGUGAACAGAGGAAGUUUGACUUUUCUUAUUUACUGCGGAACUAACUGAGCCCUGUUUUGGACGGUGGAGAUUGCUGCUGCUGUUUUGGUCUCUGGUCUUGGAUCUUUUUUUCUUUUACUGCCGCUAGUAAAGUAAUGGUCCUUUU